AUGGAAAUUUGUUUGCAGGGGACCGUCGCAAUGGAAGUUGUGACAGGCAACUCUUUGUUCAGAAAGAUGGAUGUACAAGGAAUUGCUGAAGCAGCAGGGGUGUGUCUGGGAGCCAUAACUUGUGCCGCAAUGUUUGCUUGGUUCUCCAGUGCUCGCAGCAGAGUAGGCCGAAUCUUCACUCUCAGUUGUAACACGUUCAUUGAUUCAUUAAUCGAACAAAUUGUCGAUGGCUUAUUUUAUGACGGCGAGCCUAGUGACCGGUCUGAUGAGAUGUGAACAAUAAGUGGAAUCAUGAAAGGGAACAGGGUAUCCAUAUUCCCAAAUUUGCUCAUUUUGUAGACUGUAAUAUGUGGAUACCCUGCAUGUCAUUUGUUCUAGAUAAGAUAAUUAGUUUUCUUAGAUGCGAUACGAACACAGAUGUAUAAAUGCAAGGAGGGAGGAUGAAAUGGGAAUGCCAUAAACUUGAUAAUUCCUCCAUGAUCCUGUGAAGGACCAAAAGUGCGAUAGUCAUUUGUAAAAUAGGCUAGAUGCAAUAAAGAGAUUUAUUGUGAAGGAUGCAGUCACUGCUGCUUUUUCUAUUGUCUUGUUUUUAUGCUGCAUUUUAGAUUUUUUCCAUCUAUUUUCUUGUUAUUUAUUUAUUUAUUGGUGUUUCGGGAGGAGCCCGGUGGGGUC